UAAUUCUCUCUCUCUCUCUCAAAAUGGGAUUAAGCUGCAAUGGGUGCCGAGUCCUCCGCAAAGGCUGCAGCGAAUACUGCACCCUCAGACCUUGCCUCCACUGGCUCAACUCACCCCAAUCCCAAUCCAACGCCACCUUGUUCCUCGCCAAAUUCUACGGCCGUGCCGGCCUCCUCAACCUCCUCGCCGCCGCCCCACCCCUUAGCCGCCCCGAAAUUUUCAAGUCGCUCCUCUACGAAGCCUGCGGACGGAUCAUCAACCCAAUCCACGGCUCCGUCGGCCUGAUGAGCUCCGGCGAGUGGCCGCGCUGCCACGCCGCCGUCGAGGCUGUCCUAGGCGGCGCCCAGCUCAUCUCGCCCCUUCAUGGCUGCGACAUCCGCCACGUCUCUAAAGGCUCAGCCCCCCGAGCCGGGAGCCGAUGCCACCGCCGACGAUCCGCCUCGCUGGCUGACUCAGCCACGGCGGCGCAGUGUGUUAGCGAGGCGGAGGCCAAGUUCACCAUCACAGGGUGGGACGAUAGCAAAGAAUUGGUGAUUGGUGAGAAAUUUAGAAGGGGUCCGAGCCAUGACUCGUUCUCGGUUGAAACGGUCGACCCGAGUUUACUGCUGUUUAAUAAAGGAACGAUUCCGGAAACUGGACUCAGUGAGGUGGGGCUCGAGUUGAGUUUGGGGAUGAAUCCACUGCUGCAGACCUACUUCACUACAGUCAUUGACAUUUCUGAUAGCGAAUGAAUUAGAGGAGCUAGAAAAACACCAGUUUAAUUCCAUAAAUAAAACUAUCUUGUAUUUUUAGAUCAUAGUGAUUGAAGUUGUUAUUUCGGAAUUUCAGUUAUUUUUAUA